UCAAAUUAAAGUUUCGGGUUGUAAAUCUCACAAAAUUCCGAGAACAAAAAUGAAUUCAUCCUCCAACAAUCGUCCCCCGAAGCUAUGCAAACGAACCUAUUUCUUGAAGGGCGAGUCGAUACCCACUCAAUCUCAAAUGCGAUCGGAGAUCGGGAAAGAAUUGGCGGAAGCAAUCUUAGAGUUUAUGAGUCCAGCUUGUCAGGCGUGGAUGGGCUUCGAUCGGAAAUUGUUGGGGCCAGAUGUGUACUGCACCGACAUGGGCGAUUUGAAGGCAAAACUCCAUGAACACAUUCUUGCGAUUGGUCAAGAUGCGGAGGAACAGCUGGAAAUCAACCGACGAAUGGCGGAGAAAAAACCAGACUGUCGAGAGGAGUUCGAGUUUUUGCAAUUCGAGUGUCGACAAAAAAUCGAAAUUGCUCGGGAAGAGGAGCAAAGAUUGAUGGAGUUGCAACUUGAGGCAGCCAAAUUGUCUCUCGAGGAAAAGUAUCUGAUGAUGAAGAUACAACUCGGUGAAGAUUACCUUCAGGCACGGAAGGAAAUGUCCCGAUUUAUUUGCAGAAAUUUGAGACAGGAGGCUAAAGUUUUGCUCACAAAUAUCGCGAGACAAUUUAGAAUCGAGCUAGAACAGGAAGUUUCCCGACGAGUCAACGAUGAAGUGGAUAGGAUGAAUGAUCAAAUUGAAGAAGUUGUUACAUCAGCCGUUGAACACCAAAAGGCAGUGGAUACCCAAGCAAUGCUCAAAAUGUGCUAUCGAUAUGAACAGUUGAUGAAAAACGUUCAACAGAGGGAAAACUGCCGUCAGUUGACCGAACUAGCGCAAUACAUUUGUUCACAGUGGGCUGAAUUGAGAAAGGGUCCCGAAAAGGCUGAGGUCCCAUGUCAAACUUCGUUUGUAAUUCGUCCGGAAAGCGAGGAAGAAUCGAUCGCAGAAAGUGAAUUCUUCGAAGGUGAAAGUGAAUUCGUGGACGCAGACGAUAUCUUUGUCGUGGAAGGAUGUCAGAUGAAGCCGGGACCCAGUCCGGUGUACAGCUUUGCCGAUACCACUGUCGACGAGGAACCGGAAGAGUCAACGUCUUUGGAAGCUUUCGAGUUCAAUGGAAGGACUUAUGCUCAACCGAAGUACUACCACAAAAUUCAAGAUGAACUUUUUCCCGUUCCUUUCAUCCAAUGGGAACCUCGGGAAACUCUUUGGGAUGAUCUCGGGUCUCUCACUGAAGAAUUACUUCCAGUCGAUUCAGACUUUGUGCGAGAAAUUGUGGGUGGAAUCAUGGAAGAAAAUAGUGCAUUCAACGUGGAAGAUUUGCUAACUGAAACAGUGCCAACGGUUUCUGAGGAAAGAUAUUCCUCAACCUCGUCCGAAUACUCUGCCAAUGAACUGCAACUGUUCGACCUGGAAAAAUCGGAAGGAAGUUUAGAGUUGCUGGUCAAUGGUAUUGCCCUAAAGUACAUUAAAACCUCCGAUAGGGAUUACGAACGAUUCAAGGCGAUUGCUCGUACUCCAGCACCUCCGGUUGAACCACCGUGCAUUCCGGAAACGGUAAUCGAAUUGGAGGAUUUCCAAGAGAGAAUCAUUGUGGAUCUUAUGGAAUUUGUGGAUCUUCCUAGUAGUGGUGCUGAGCCUAGAACUGAAUCGGAGUCUUCAUCGAGCAAUGAAGGUGCAACGAUUACCGAAAUUGUUGAUGAUGUACGGCGCAGUACUGCAAGGAGUCAGAAGUUGAGUUUGAAUCAAAUUGAGCCCAAGUUAUCGGAGCAAAUUAUGCCGCAACUUUCGGUAGAUAUUAUAUCGAAACGAUCAGACGGAAGAACUUCAAAGUCUUCUGUGGAUAAAAAUGAUCAGGUCCUGAAAACUUUGGAAGAUGUCGAUUUGAACGAAGAACAAGUUAUGGAAAGAACAUCACUCAGUAGGAAAAGUGGAUCUCAGUUAGAUCCUAUGGACCCACCACUAAUCGAUUAAAUAAUGUUUUGGUAU